AUGGCUAAUAAGAAAGGACAGCAGGAAAUGGUCCAGGUUGACAAUUCCGAACGCGCUGAUUCUCCUUUCUGGGCUGGCCGAUCUGCGUCCCUUAACCAGGGACAGUCGAAGACAUAUAGCCAGAACACAGUCGUCGGAGCUUCAUAUUCCCAUGCGGAUAUAGUACAAGGCACCUCGACCCAUACGCGCCCGCGAACCCCACCUCGAACCUCGUCUACAAAUGCGCCGUCCCCGCCAUCAUACCUAGGCCACCGAACGGGAAACGUCGCGUCUCCAUCCCACAAAAGCUACACCGGUCUCAUGAAAGAAGGAAUGGAUGGCUGGAGUGGGAAUCCCACCCAGGAUGAAGACGAUGACGACGACGAUGAAGAAGAAGACCACAUUGUAUAUGAUGACGACGAAGACGAAUUUGGACUGCCAAGUCUCGCUAGCAUGAGAAAGAAGAAACCCGUUCUCUCGAAAUCAAAGAAUAUUGAACCCGGGGGUGGCAUAGGGGGCUAUUCAUCCUCGCUGGGAUUCGGGUUUGCAUCAAGCAGCAGACAGCGGGCAAACAGCUCGGACAUUGCAGAGGAACGCGGUACACCCAUGUAUCCCACUUCACGAAAGAGCGAUGAGAAGAUUCUCCGCCCUCAAUACAAGGAUAUCUUGCAAGAUCCGGCAAAUGCUUUGAAUCUUAUCAAUCAUUCUGCACCCCCCACGAAUGCCUCUGUCAAAGACAGGGAGAUACAUUCAAGUCACAUUUCAAGGAUCAACAAGUUCAAGCGCAUCCUUCAGGCAAGCACCGUUUCGCUAAACGAAUUACGGGAUCUCGCGUGGUCUGGAGUUCCAGAGGAAGUUCGUCCAAUGACCUGGCAGUUGCUUCUUGGAUACCUGCCCACAAACAGCGAAAGGCGAAUCUCGACACUAGAGCGGAAACGCAAGGAGUACUUGGACGGAGUUCGACAGGCCUUUGAGCGCGGCAGCGGGGCAGCUGCUAACCCGCCUUCAACCAGCACAGGCCGUGGCCGGGGAUUGGACGAGGCAGUGUGGCAUCAGAUCAGCAUCGAUGUUCCCCGCACAAGCCCUCACAUCCCACUCUACGGCUAUGAAGCUACACAGCGAUCUUUAGAACGGAUUUUGUAUGUGUGGGCCAUCAGACACCCGGCCAGUGGUUAUGUGCAGGGCAUCAAUGAUCUGGUCACGCCAUUCUGGCAAGUAUUUCUAGGUGUGUAUAUUACGGAUCUGAAUGUGGGAGAGGGUAUGGAUCCUGGUCAGCUACCCCGAGGUGUUCUGGAUGCGGUCGAAGCCGAUACUUUUUGGUGUCUGACCAAAUUACUCGAUGGGAUUCAAGAUAAUUAUAUCUAUGCCCAGCCGGGGAUUCACCGACAGGUGAGGGCUCUGCGUGAUCUGACAAGGCGAAUCGACUCGGCUCUUGCGAAGCACCUGGAGCAAGAGGGCGUGGAGUUCAUGCAGUUUAGUUUCCGGUGGAUGAAUUGUUUGCUCAUGCGGGAAAUGAGCAUCAGGAAUACCAUACGCAUGUGGGAUACUUACAUGGCCGAGGAGCAGGGCUUCUCCCGAUUUCAUCUUUAUGUUUGUGCUGCGUUCUUGGUCAAAUGGACGGAUCAAUUGGUCAAGAUGGAUUUCCAGGAGGUUAUGAUGUUCCUCCAAGCAUUGCCUACUAAGGACUGGACCGAGAAAGAUAUCGAACUCCUACUGAGCGAAGCAUUUAUCUGGCAGAGUCUAUUCCAGGACUCGAGUGCACAUCUUCGACCGCAAGGCGACGUGCCUCCUGAAAAUGGUAUCUUUUAUUGA